AACCGUAGUAAACGAAAGUGUACAGUGACCAAGAGCAAUUUAAUUGUUGUUAGACGUUUAACACCCUGGAACUCAAAAUAAGAUUAAUUUGACCGCACAGUAUCACAUACUUACUCCCGAUAUUCUUUAAAUUUCAUUGGAGACGACUUGGUUGAUAGAUGUGAACUAGGUAACGCUAGCUAGCUGCUAACAAUGGCUAACUGUAUGGUUUUUCACACUCAAAUGGCAUCCAUCAUGGAGGUGCUAGCGAAUGCAGCCGUGGCGGAGAUCUGUAAACUCGUAGACGACGACUAUGCAUUGUUUCGUUUGGAAAUAACUCAAAGCCAGAAAGAAAACAAGGCAAUGCGGAGGAAACUACAGCAACUAGAAAUUAAGGUGGCACGGGACCGAGCAGACAGGACAAUGCGAGAGCGCGUCCUCGCCAGUCAUCCUAGUAAUGUCAAGAUCCUCGACCGAUACAGAGGAAAGGCUAAAGGUGAAGGACAUCUCACUGGAGGCCACAGAAGCUUUGUGAAACCAGCAGGACAAAAUACAUGGAGAGAUGACCAACCAAUCACUGUUGAUGAGGGGAUAGGAAACUCAACCCAGCAUGUUAUCAUGAUAGAGUCUGCAGAUGCAGAGGAUGCAGGUCCUGGGGUCAAGCAGGAGAGAUCUGAAGGAGAGGAGGACCCACGGCACAGCAGAGACAUCCAGACUGGAGCGCCCCCUGUAGCUACGGAGAACCCCACCACCGCCCAAGAGCAGUCCAGGACCCAACGCAGCAUUAUGGAGGUCAGUGGAACGCUGAACACCAUCCUCAAGUCAGAGACAGACACCGAGACUUUAACGGGGAUAAACCGACUGGGCUGUCCACCUGCUCCACGCGCAGAGUAUUUACUUUACGGCAACCUCAGCCCGAGGACUGUUCUGUCCCAUCGGGACUCAGGUGACACUUUACAGACUGUCAACGAUCCAUCGUGUUCAUACACUACAGAGACAGAGAUGAUACCUGGUGACAUGCCUGUGGUAUUAGAUACACAGACUAAUCCAAUGAGAGGGAACUGGAACCAGUACAGUAGUAGUGUAUACUCUGAACAGUGCCGAGAUAAGAAAGGGGAGGGUCUGGUCGUAGAUGAGGUGACUGUGAAAGUGGAGGGCGACGUUUCUCUGACAUGGAAUGCAUACGAAACUCACUUAGGAGAAGGACACUCGCAGGGCAGCACCAGUGACUUCUUAGACUACAGAGAAAGCUUAGAGACAAAUCUAAAUGUCGCGACCCGCUCCCCUUUACACACGUUCAAGGAUCAGGACCCAUUAUCCAUGUCGAUGGGGCCUUCCGAUUCACACAGGGAACAAAAGGCCAAGGCGCGGGGAGGGGAAGCCACCUCAGGCAAUAGUAAAGAGAAACGGUUCCUCUGCAUGUUCUGUAACAAAGGCUUCCGCUGCCCCCAGAAGGUGGACAUCCACCAGAGGGUUCACACAGGGGUGAAACCCUUCAGCUGUACCCAGUGUCACAUGCACUUCGCCCAGGCAUGCACCCUGAAAAGGCACCAGAGGGUCCACACAGGGGAGAAACCCUUCAGCUGUACCCAGUGUCACAUGUGCUUCGCCCAGGCUGGUGACCUGAAGAGGCACCAGAGGGUCCACACAGGGGAGAAACCCUACAGCUGCCCCCAGUGUGAGAAGAGGUUCUCCCGCCAGGACCAGCUGAAGAUCCACCUGAAUGUCCACACGGGAGAAAGGCUGUUUGCAUACAAACGCACUGCGGGAAGAGGUUCUCAGAGAGGCUCUACCUCAAGUUGCACCAGCAGAAAAACCAUUCCCCUCUAUAACAUAGAAAGUAACCAUUCCACUCAAUAGCUUCUGACGUUUAGAUCAAACCCUGCAUCAACAACAAAGAGGAAUUUUCAGCAAUAAAGAUCUACAGAUGCAUUUGGAAUAACAAGUGUAACAGAUUUCAGGGUUGAAUAUUCCUGGGUAGAAUAUUGCAUCCAGACAUUGUGUGAUAUACAAUGGGGUGAUAAAGAUGAGCAAUAAUGACUUUAUUAAAUAAAUAAUUCAAACACUGAGCUAUAUUGUAUGUAAUUUAGAAAAUCUAAAUAUAAUUUAUAUAUUAUUUUAUACUAAUAAAAUUGCUCAGAGAAAAAUAUUUUGUUUAACAAGUAAUAUUUUUUUCUCAAAAAGGUAGAGGUCCAAAUUAUUAUCACUGCUAAAGAUUCUUAUAGAUAAAGUAGCCAAGUUUGAUAUUUGGUCCCAUAUUCCUAGCACACAAUGUCUAAAUCAAACUUGUGACUUUACAAACUUAUUGGAUGCAUUUGCUGUUUUGGUUGUGUUUCAGAUUAUUUUGUGCCCACUAGAAAUGAAUGGAAAAUAACCUUUUACUGCAGUGGGCUAA